AUGGAGAGACCAGAAGGAUAUCCACAAGUAGAUGAUGUUUCUACAUGCAUCGAAGCACCAAGCACAAGCACAAGCACAAGCACAAGCACAUCGUUUUUGGGCACCAAGAACGAUAUGUCACUUCUUGAAAGCGGUCUACUUAGAAGAAAUUUUAGUGACGUAGGUGAGAAUUACUACAGGUUCCAAUCAAAAGUUGGUAAGUCAGUUGAUCCAAGGUUGCUAGCGUUGGUAGAAUUCUUUAGGGAGCUCUAUUUUCGAAGGUUGGAACUAUUCAAGAAAAUCUUUCCGGGUGGUCAUGAUGAUAAGUUUCUUGAGGUGCCAAAGAAAUUGGGUUUGAUAUUAGCCAAAGUGAAACCAGAUCAAACCAGAGCGGUUCGGACUAUGCAACGGAGUUUAAGCAUUGGUUCACCGCGAGAUUUCAAAGGACACGAAUCGGAAAUGAGGCUUGAACGAUUCAAGAUCAGAACUAUUGAUGUAGAUGAUGGUGGUGUACAAGGUGGCCAGGGUAAUGAAAUUAAGUCCAACGGUUCUAAAUAG